AUGGCCUCCCCCAGCGCGCUUGGGUCGUCCCGCGCUGCCGCAGCGCUCCUCUGCGCUGUGCUGUGCCUUCGCGUGGCGACCGCCCACGUCCAGCUGCAAUAUCCGCCGAGCAUCUCCGCCCUUGAUUUCCUUGACAACCUGCGGACCAAGAACCUGUGCGGCGACGAGGCCAGCGGCAGCGACAACAGCGGCUACUGGCGAUUGCCGGAGGUCGACAAUAACACCGUCACGACCCUGAAGGCCGGCGACACUCUGAACGCCACCUGGAACUUGCACUACGCGCACCAGGGUGGAUGGAACUUCGAGCUGUAUGAUGCGGAUGCCAAGCAGGUUGCGGUGUGGAAUGACAGCAGCCAUUAUGGCUGCACCCACGAUGGCACCCAGCAGUGGGUCGAACUUUCUUUGCCCAACAUCACAUGCACAAACUGCACCCUGAGGCUGGUCAGACAAGCACUGGAAUGGGGUGGCACUUACCUGUUCCGCAGCUGCUCCCUUGUGAACAUAGAGCAGUCCGACAACGAGAACGCAACGUGCAACGGAUGCUCCGGACAUGGGAGAUGCGAGCAGGGGAAAUGCGUGUGUGACAAAAAUCGGAAUGCGGGCUUUUGGGAAGGAACCUACUGUGAGCGGCAGAAUGAGUGUGACACAGACGCGCACUGCGGCGAGGGGGGCAUGUGCAUCGACGUUGGGGCUACCAGCCCUCCAAGGAAGCAGUGCUACUGCAAGGAAGGUUGGUUCGGCGAGGAGGUGAUGCCCUGGGCCCCCGACAGCAUGCUGCCCACAAGGAUCUGCAAUAGGCAAUCCAACCUCACGCUCGGAAAUCCCGACGAGUGGGACGAGGAAUAUACCAACAAGCAGACAUCUGUGCCUUCUGGUGUCUUCGCUGUGUACUACCAGAUCGAUGAGGAAGCCGCGGAGAUCGAAUUUGCGAUCAAGGCUGCCACCGACAACUGGGUGGCAGUGGGCAUGCGGGCCGCCUCCAUUCGGGGCGCUACUCCUCCUGCGGCUUCGACUACCGCACCCACUUCUGAGGGAGAGCCCACGGCUGAGGGAGAGGCCACAUCUGAGGCAGAGCCCACGUCUGAGGGAGAACCCACCCCCGAGGUUGAGGGAGGUGAGGGAACGGACGCAUACGGCGAAGGUGGAGAGAAAAAGGAGGACUACGAUAUGGAAGAGGAGAAGAAAGAGAACGAAAGCGAAUCUGAGUCUGAAGGUGCGGCGGCGGCGUCUGAGGGAGCUGUGUCCGAAGGCGCUCCUGUGGUUUCUGAGGGAGCUGCGUCUGAAGGUGCUCCUGUGGCGUCUGAGGGUGCUCCCGUGGCGUCUGAGGGUGCUGCAUCGGAAGGGUCUGGCAAUGGCGGCGGCGUUUGCGCUGCCGGAAACGCUAGCACUGCACUGCGAGACGAUUUCGUGCUGGUCAUGGAGGACGGCGAGGUGGCGAACAAGACAAAUGGAAGACGGCUCUUUGCCAUGCCGAUUCUGGACAGAGAGGUAGAAGAAGUCGUGACCUCGCGACGCGUGUUUCCUGGGCGCCACCUUGCACAAGACGCGGCCGAUUCAGAGUCUGAGGCUGUAUCCGAGGCAGGUGCUGAUUCUGAGGGAGAGCCCUCCACCGGUGGGACUGGGCCGACACUGACGUACUUCGGGGAGGGCAAGUGCCGUAAUCCGCUGGUGGACAACCCUGCUGCGCAUCCCAUGAUCAACCAAGAUAUUGUGGUGGGGUACGCCAAAGGCAACGCCUUCCGCAUCCAGGAUUCCUUCACGCCGAGCCGUGCGCGCCCUCUGCCGGAUGUCUAUUUUGGCGGCGUGGACGACAUCCUGGACGCCGUGGGCAAGGAGGAAGAUGGAAUGACGUACCUCAAGUACCGUCGAGCUCUUCAGACGGACGACCAGGCUGGCGACUUCUGCAUCAUCGAGGACACGAUCUACCUCAUGAUCUAUGCCUACGGCCAGCCCGAGGACGUCUACACCCACAUUCCCAAUUCCUCCUUGGAAACGGGACGCGCCUCCAACAAAGCUUUCUACGGCCGAGACGAGCUCAAGUUCCACGGGGGCGGCAUUGGCGCUUCUUACGAAGGAAGGGGCGUUUUCGGCCAAGUGGAUUUCUUCGCGGCACCAUCGGCGGCAGGCGAGGGCGGCUGUGCGGCUUCGUCGCUGGAGGGCUACGACUGCAUGCAGGAGGUUAUUCCAGGGCAGUACGUGCUGAACUGGCGGGUGGAGGAGGACGGCGUGGCGCUGGCUGCGGAGGCCACCGCUGCAGGUUGGGUGGCCGUGGCGUGGCCCAGCUCGCCAGGGCAGAUGGUGGGAUCAGAGGCUGUGAUCGGAUGGACGGGCGACGGUGGGGACGUGAUCGAGAUGUACGACCUGAACGGGAAGAGCGUCGACGCUGUGGUGACGACCGAAGGGACCUUCGAAAUCUCCGACAGCUCCAUAGAGGAGGUUGAUGGGAAGACCGUUCUCCGAUUCACCCGCAAGUUCGACGACGCUUUCCUCCUCGAGGGGCCCCACGACCUCCUGGCCGCGUUCCACACGGACAGCGACGGCUUGGAGUACCAUUCCGGCAGGCAGGGGUUCUCCGUGAGUUUCGCGGGGGGAGAGGCCGCUGAGGCAGUGGACCAGGUGGCGGGUGGUGUCGUCGUGAGCAAUGUCGCCAGCGACGCUUCCUCGUCCGCCGACACCGCCCUGAGUGGGACCGAGGGCUCGGGGUGCCUGCUGUCCACCCUGGAAGGGUACGAGUGCAUGUUGGAGGCGCUCCCCUCGUCGAUGAACAUCCACUGGGCGGUCGAAGGUGACGUCCUUCGCCUGGCUGGCGAGGCUACCGGCGCGGGUUACGUCGCCGUCGGAUUUGCGGAGACGCCCGGGCAGAUGGUGGGUGGUCUGGCGGUCAUCGGCUGGGCGGGAACGGGCGGCGACCAGGUGGGCGUGUACGCCCUGACGUCCAAGGCCGACGCCGGCAUCGUGCCCAGCACGGAUCUCGAAAUCUUUGACGAGUCCGUUGAGGAGGAGGACGGGACGACCGUCGUCCGGUUUUCAACGAUGUUUGACGACGACCUCCUCCCCGACGCCGAGAACCCCAUGCUCGCGGCCUUCCAUCCCGACACCGACGGCAUCGCCUACCACGGCCCGACGUCCAAGACCUCCGUCGCCCUCAACUUCGCCACGGGCUCGAGCGCCGUGGAAUCCGUCGAGGACCUCAGCCGCUACUGGAAGACGCACGGCAUCCUCAUGACGGUCGGCUGGGGCAUACUCAUCCCUCUGGGCGUCAUCGUCGCCAGGACCAUGAAGGACCAGGCGCCCCACUGGUUCUACUUCCACAUGGUGGCCAACUCGCUGGGCCUCGUGCUGGCGACCGCCGGCUUCGCGCUUGCACUGGUUAAGUUCGACAGGGAAGACAAUUUCCGGCACAGGCAGGUGGGCAUCAGCGCCAUGGUGCUGGGAUUUCUGCAGCCCCUGAACGCGUUCAUCCGCCCUCACCCGGGCACCGCGUGGCGGGACCAAUGGGAGUGGGUGCACUGGACGGUGGGCCGCGUGGCGCUCGGCCUGGCCAUAUGGAACAUCUUCACCGGCCUCGACGAGUACGAAUUCCUGGAGGAGGUGGGCUCGAAGAAGUACCACGUGAUGUACGGCCUGCUGCUGGCCUGCCUGUUCGUCGCCUACCUCGCGGCGGAGGGCCGCGCCCAGAAGGUGGCGGACAGGAAGAGGGACAAGGACGUCCUGCAGAGGAUAACCAUGCUGGAGAAGCACGCGGCUGGGGCGGGCGGCGGGGACAAGGGGUACUAG